AUGCCAACAGUCUUACUUCCCUCAUCGGCCGCCGCCUUUGCGCCGCGGUCGUCUCCGAAUGUGGUGCUGAACAGGAAGGUCGCGCCGUGGCUCACGGCCACCCUGAAACGGGUCAACCGGGUCAAGCGCCCUCUGAACAACGUCACCCAGCACACCCGGUGCCUGACCGAGACGCUGUCAUCGACCAACGCCAUCUGGACCCUUUGUUCGAUGAUGUUCCCCAAGGCUCCCGAGGCCGAGCUGCGCAAGGAUGAAAACCCGCUCGUCGAGGGCCUCUUCAACUUCCAGAUGAUCCACAUCGAGGCCUACGUUGUGCACGUCGACAUGGUCUCGCGCAACGAGGUGGCCUUCAAGUUGACGCCGGAGACCAUCGAGGCCCUGGUCGACUUCCACAAGGACGUAUAUUCGGUCGACGCCGCCGCUAACACGUGGGACUGGUCCGGGAAACAGGCGCAGUUGAAGAAGCUGCAGGAGGAGUUCGUGCAGGCCGCCAACAAGUUCGUGUACCGGGCCGACGCCGAGGCCUUGGAGGGACUGGAAGAGGACGGGGCCGGGGAGCUACUCUGCGGGCGCAGCGACGAGGCCAAGGCCGCCAUCUCGGGGCUCUUCGCCCGGCUAUUGCCGCCUCCACCACCGGUGGUGGAUGUGAUGCGGCCUGUGCCGAUGCUGCCCAGCUCGACGGAGCCCGACCCCUGGUGGCAGGCCCCGAUGCCGUUUGCGCCCGUCGAGUCGUGGAAAGUACUGCCGCCCAGCCCACCCCCGGCAACCUCCGGUGAUUCUAAUGCGAACCUGUGGGCUAGCCUUGGUUUCAGUGAGACCCAGCUUCCGUCCCCGACCCCGUCCUACACCCAGCGCUUCACGACCGCGCCGUUCCCGUCCUACGAUAGCAUGGCCGCUACCUCGGCUGCCCUCGCCGCCGUCCCGCUCCCCAGCAUGCUCGUUCAGCCUUGCAGCACGGCUGCCAAUAUGACCGGCUUCGGCUGGGGUGAUUUCGCCUUGCCCUACGGUACGACCAUCUAG